AUGCAGCACAUGAAAAUACUCUCAGGGUUAGAUUUCCUCUCGGGCUCGACGUCUCCAAUGCCAUGGUUCUUCAGAAUUCACCCUAACAACACCGCACUACUGGCGCUCGCGCUCCUGGACACCCGUCUUCUCGAUACCCUGUGUACGCAUUUGACGAACCUUCUUUUAUGUAUGGCACGCAGGCGAGCGAUCCAUCAGGUCGUCCACGAUCCCGAAUGGAGCAUGGACUCGCUGCUCCAACGAGCGCUAUCGUGCAUUGUCCAGACUAAUACGACCAUCGAAAGGCUUUCCGAGGGCUCUUGA